GGAGGUGGAGAUUUACUAUCCCACCCAGUCAAAGUGUUUCACUUCUGCUCUGACACACAGCGGCGUACACACACACACAUGCAUAAAAACUCACAACACACAUUUGCGCACACUCACUCAUAACGCACGGCAAACUCUCCACAGGAAACCCUGAGCCAUAAUGUGAAGGCACCUCAGAGCAGACGGGCACGUUGCUCAAACCAAGUGGGAUACGCCGCGACUUUGAUAGUGCGUUAAUUACUCAUGUGAUGUGAUACAGAUGUCUGGGGGCUUCAGCCGAAAGUUUGCCUGACGGUUUCCAAGGGGGCCAGGCAGACAUUUUAGGAGCGUGAUACACUGGGACCGAAAUCUUCCAAUCAGCGAAAUCAAAGCAGGGAAUGUGUUCUAUAAUGGGCACCCCAGUCGUACAUGUGUUGGUCCUAAUGGCCUGUAUGGUGGCCAGAGGAAUGUGCCAGAUAAACACUACCGAGGCAGAGGAGGACUCUCUCCCAGGCUUUCUUCUCCACUCCACCCUUCAGUCACCGGGCUUCCACAGCACCAGCAGCCCCAGCCUGGAACUUGGCCCCACCAACCUCCACGCGGAGGCCACACAGUCCAGUGCCAGAUACUUGGAAACAGGACUUGGAUCUGGAAAUACCACAAUCAUAAAAAGGCUGGUACCACCCCCACCAUGCAUUAGCGCCACCUCUAUCAAGGAUUACUUCAAGUACAUCAACACAGUGAUCUCCAUCGUAGUGUUUGUGGUGGGCCUGGUUGGUAAUGCCACCCUGCUGAGGAUUAUAUACCAGAACAAGUGCAUGAGGAAUGGGCCUAAUGCCCUCAUUGCCAGCCUUGCACUGGGAGACCUCAUCUACAUUAUGAUCGAUAUACCCAUCACCGUAUACAAGCUGCUGGUCAUACGCUGGCCAUUUGACUACAACGUCUUCGGCCUGUGUCUGUGCAAGCUGGUACCCUUCCUGCAGAAAGCGUCCGUCGGCAUCACCGUCCUGAACUUGUGUGCUCUCAGCGUGGACAGGUACAGAGCGGUUGCAUCAUGGAGCAGAGUCCAAGGUGUAGGCAUCCCUCCAUUUACAGCCAUAGAGAUCGUCUCUAUCUGGUUGCUGUCCCUUAUUCUGGCCGUGCCAGAGGCCAUUGGCUUUGACAUCGUCAGCUUCACCUACCGCAAUGAGACCAUACGCACCUGCAUGCUCAAUCCUAAAAGUGACUUUAUGAUGUACUAUAAGGGUAUAAAGGACUGGUGGCUAUUUGGAUUUUACUUUUGUGUCCCGCUGAUCUGCACGGCUAUCUUCUACACUCUGAUGACCUGUGAGAUGCUGAACCACAGGAACGGCAGCCUCCGCAUUGCCCUCAGUGAGCACCUCAAACAGAGAAGGGAGGUGGCCAAGGCAGUUUUCUGUCUUGUCCUAAUCUUUGCCCUCUGCUGGUUCCCACUGCACUUAAGCAGGAUUCUCAAGAAGAUGGUCUAUUAUCAGAACGACGUGGAUCGCUGUGACCUACUCAAUUUCCUGUUGGUCUUGGAUUACCUCAGCAUCAACCUUGCAACGGUCAACUCCUGCAUAAACCCUAUCAUCCUCUAUUUUGUCAGCAAGAAGUUCAAAAACUGCUUCAAGUCUUGUCUGUGCUGCUGGUGCUACUCAAACAACCAAGUAACCAGCAUCGGACCCUUGAAUGGAACCAGUAUCCAGUGUAAAAGCCCUGAGGCCAACAACCUCCUCACUGACCGCAGCCUCCGAAAAGACAGUGACUGACCGCUACAACCCUGAAGUAUUUCCUCUAUGGACAAUGAGCUGUCACAGCACCCAGCACUAAAAAUGGAAUAGGAUCCAAUGCUAACCACAAAAAAUUAUCAAAAAUAUACUCUUUCAUGAACCAUAUACUACAUGUAUCAUAGGACAACUGGAGCUACGUAUGAGCCUGGAUGGUGUGGCUGUGCAAAAUGAAAUGGAGGACAGUGGACUUUGGAGUCACCCCAGUCUCUUGAUGGGUCACCCUUGCCAAAGUAUAUUCCUCCUGUUUCCCAUGCCCAAGAGGAGUGAUGCAGUACCGUGAGAGAAGAGGAAGGAGAGGGGCAGUGGGUGAGAGGAGAACAGGAUACAGCUGAACUUUGACUAUAAAUUAUGCUAAAUCAGUUUCCAACUGUGCUAUUCUUAUAGAGGGCAACACAACUGGGAUGGACACAAAGCCAGGGGGAAGGAAAAGCAGACUGUUCACUGUCAGAAGGGAUGAGGAGGGAGGAGUGUUUGGUGCAUCCCCAGGAGUCUGCCCACGCAAGUAGAGAACAGGAAACGCGUGUGCUGCUGCCUCGCCAGCUUUUCAUUUCCCAUCCAACAUGCUAAUGUUAGUGGUUGUACAGUGGAUUACUCAUACUCACUGAGCUUGUAUCGGUUCUCUGUGAUAUGGGUAGAUUACCUUUAUUUUUUUUCAUUUUCAGAAUUACUUUGCCAUGUAGGUCAGUGAUUCACUCCUGUUGCAUAACAGAAACUUUCAAAAAUAGCUGCACAUAUCAAUUUGCCAUUCAUUCUUACAGGAGGACAGAAACACGUGCUUUUAAACAAAACACGCUUGUUUAUAGCCUCGACAGCCAAACACACAAUCUCUGUUUGAGAACAACAGCAUUCAGACUAACCUCCAGUCUUCAUGUCUGCAAACUUAGAGGUCAAAGAUUUCAGAGCUGCGUCAGACUGCAUGUCAGGAUGUGCACAGAUAUGUUAAGGAACCAAUAUACACACACAUAUAUAAUUUACAUUAUAUUGAGGUCAGUGGGGCUGGAUGGAAAUGGUCUAAUUUACCAAAACAAACCAAUGGAGAGUUAAUUCAUACAACACUGUGAAUUUUACAGACAUUUAGAAAUCAUUAGUUAUCAGCAGCUUUAACGGCGUUAUUUGAAGUAUGCUUGUCUCAUAAAAGCUAUAUUGUAUAUCCACUUUUAUAAAGUGUACUAUUUUGAUAUUGGUUAUUAUGGUAUGUGGACAGUCAGUACUUGUAUGACAGGUGGGGAAGUUUUAGACACUUCAUAGGAUCUUGAGUAGUUAGAUUGGAAAUAUUAACCAAUGACCAAUGGACCUUGCAGCCUCACACAUGUGAUAUGUGAUCCUGUGUGUGUUAUGUGUGUGUGUGUGUGUGUGUGUGUGUGUGCGCACUUGUGUGUAAUGAUUUGCCCUUCUUAAGGAGUGUUUUGCUCACCGUGUAUAGAAUAAGUCUGUGCAAAACACAAGGCUUCUCUCAUUUCAUAUUGAUCAUAUCAAUACCAUAGUAUUCCAUCAAUAUUCACUGAAGAUGAUCAUAUCUAUUAAAAACUGUAUUCCCAUGUAUAUGAAUUCAUCCACUUACAACAUUACCUUCAUUAAAGUACUGCUGCUUGUUGCAAUAAAUCAA